AUGACGGCGGACAGCUGUUCGCAAAGUAUUGUCGUUAACCUGAACGGCGUAGAAACUUCGCUCACGCCAGUUAUUAACAGCGACGGCUCCUUUGUACGCAACGGGAACAACUAUGCCUACAAAGCAUUAGAUGGGACCGUCCUCGAUGUCCUUUUCACGGGCAUAAAGCAGGCUGCGCACAUGUGCACUCCGACGGUACCUCUGCAGGCCGCAGCUGCACCUCCAAGUAGUGAAGAGCCAGGGCCUUCCUAUGGAGCAACAGAAUCAGAGCUGUGGACAGCACCAAAGACCCGGUUUCUGAUAGGAAACUACAAGGAACUCAAAGAGCUAGUUGGAAAAAAGGGUGGAUUCCGGACGAAAAGAGCACUGUGGCAAAUGCUUGCCGAGAGGAUCCGAGCGACGUUUGCAACAGAUGUGAGCCCUCUCCAGGUGGAAAACAAAUGGAAAUGUCUGGAGAGGGCUUACAAGAAGGCAAAGACGAAGAAUGGUUCGUCGGGUCACUCUCGAGUGUCCUGCGACCACGAAGACACUCCCACAGACAACGAAGAAAGCUCCGGCACCCCGCCACGGGAACCAGAGACACCACGUCAGGCUCCUCUAGAAGGAAACGACGGAGGAAGUUGCAAGAGGAGGCGACGAAGAGACAGAACACCUUUUGACGCCCUUCUGCAGGCGUUUGAAAAGGCUCAGAGGGACCGAGCAGAACGCUUUGACAGGAAAAUGUUGCUACUGGUACCCCUUGUCUCAGCCGUCGAAAAGAAAAAUGAAGGAGAAUGAAAACAGUGGAGGAU